AUGGACAGAACACAGGAAGUGCUUUCCUGUGAACAUGUGCUCAUGGAGGCAGCAUCAACCCACAAGGACAUUCUUCUGCCAAUCUUUUUUACCUUGACAUAUGAGGAGAUGUGUCACCAGGCCAGGUCCGACAGGAGGAGCAUGGUCAUAGUGAUCCUCAAAGGUGACAACAUACCUGAUGUGAUAAGGAUUCUGAAUAUUCUACGCAGAAGUAAUGGAAACGCAUACUUUUGGAUAACAAAAGAAAACUCAAAAUCUGGGAGAGAAGUGAAAAGAAAAUUUGGAAGCACAGGGUCGGAUUUGCUAAUAAUGGCACCCACAACUUCUCGGCCUAUACUCAUAGAGCGUUUUUGCGGAGACAACCUACAAUUAGCACGAGAAGAAGAUGUGGUGGAUGCUAUGAAAAGGGCAGCAGAUGCUGUGGAUGCAUUCACCAGGGAAUGGGAGAGGUUAGAACAGGAACGCUCAUUAAAGAGGGAGCAGGAGAUUUCAUUGCAAAAGGCAAUCGAGAAUGACAAGACGAAAUUGAUUAAAAAAUCAAGCAAGAAAAUAAGGGAGGCCCGACAAGGCAGGGUUACCCAGCCCAGUCUAGAAGGAGAGAAGGAGGUAUAUGACUGGGCAGGCUCCAAUGAAUGUCUACCACUUUAUUUUACUAUCCAAAGAGGUAGGGAAGUGGUAAGACAUGGAGACCUUUUGGAGAGAACAGAGGUCUUGCACAUUUGUGAGAGAGAUGAGGCAGAAAUUGAAUCACUUCUGGGAUCAAAGGUGACAUUCCAAGGAAAUGUCCCAGAUUUGCAGUCUGAUGGCGAACUGUCAUCCACACUACCAGAUGAAGAUCGAGACACCGGAAAUAAAAAUGAGGAAUUGCUCCCAGUACCUGGAAUUGUUCUUGCGCAAGCAGAGGAAGGACAGGAAGUACUGGUGGCCAAAAGACAAGUGAACACGGAAGAGGAGGAGAAGGUAGAAGAUGAAGAAGAAGAGGAAAAGAGGGAACAUAGAGAAGAAGAGGAGAAGGAACAUACCAGUAGUAAACUUGAAAGGAAAAGGAAAAAGAAGGACAGAAGAACAACAGCAAAAAGAAAAAAGGAAAAGGAGGACAGUUGUUAAAAAAAAGGAUUUUAAAGGGACCCUGGUCAGCUGCACUUUUGUUUUUGUUUACCUUUGGAUUUUCAAUUUUUCAGAAACUGAUGUACAAGUUGUUACUUUU